CGACAUCAGAAAAGGCGCUCAACUCAAUCCAAACUCAAUAGAUCAACCUGUCCAGCGCCCAGGGAAUCUUAAUCGCCCCCUCCUCCGCGUCCAAUCUCGUCCUCAACCACUCUUCUACUCAACGUUCCAAAAUGCCCACUCCGGAAUCCGCCUCCUUCCUCGCCAAAAAGCCCACCGUGCCCCCAACCUACGACGGCGUCGACUUCGAAGACAAUGUCGCCGUGCACAACGCCCGUGAUGCCAUCAUCCGCGAGCAAUGGGUCCGCAGCAUGAUGUCUCGUCUUGUUGGCGAGGAAUUGGGAAAGUGCUAUCAUCGCGAGGGCGUGAAUCAUCUGGAGAAGUGUGGGGCUUUGAGAGAGAAGUACUUUGAGCUCUUGGAUGAGCGCAAGAUCAAGGGUUAUUUGUUUCAGGAGAAGAACUAUUUCUCUUCGGAGAAGAGUGCUUAGAUUUGGAUUACGAGGGGGAUUCUCUUUUUCUUUUAGGUUUUGCUUAGGGUUGUGUUUUUAGAUCAAUGUAUCAUUUUUGUGACCUUA